AUGUCGACUAGUAUUGAAUACCAAAAAGGGACUGAUACGAAGUAUGACGACGUCAAAAAGGAUUCCCAAGAAUAUGCAUGCGCACCGUCCAGCUCGUCUAUGAGCUCUAUUUACAUUCUACCUCACACUUCAUGUAACCCACGUGUUUCCGAUCGCACGACUCUCAUGGUAUUAGAAGAUAUUUUCUUCACUUACGUCGGAUGCCCCUCGACCAAAGAAUUCUUUCUGCUUCAAAAGGAUGGGAUGGAACUUCAGGGUCAAAUUAAACAAGGGUGGAAUAUACCCAACAUCGCUCUGGAGCCGGUUGUGCCGGAACGUCUUUUGGCAUGGCAUACCACGAUCGAUCUCAAGCGUCAACUCAACCACGAGGACACAUUGGGGAGUACCCUUUUGAACUCCACCACCCAAAACUACUUAAGACGCACCUUCGCGCACGAUGCGAAGGACGAGCACCAGCUUUUACCCCUUAUUCUGCCACUCUUGGAGGCGCUGCCGGCGCCGACGCGGUGCAAUAUGGAGGCGAUCAACGUCAUGCGUGAAUUGGUGGGUCAGCAUUUGCGCCACCUGUUCGGCCUGGUGGAUGCGGUUUUGAGCCUAAAGGGGCGUUGGGGACGGCUGGACGAACGGGAGCGUAGUCGUCUCCAUGCCGUGAUGAAGGCGGUGACAACCACGCGCGUGAAGGGUCUCUCCACACUACAGAAGGGCUUUGUUGAGCUGAACUUCAGUGAACUGGGCCUGAGUAGUUUGAGCGCGGAGAUAGCAAACUACACCGAGGUGCGCGUUUUGCGGCUGAAUAGAAACCGUAACCUCAGACACCUGCCGAUGGUGCCACCGACGUGCCAGACAGUAUUGGUCGGUGCGUGCAGCCUUGAAACAGUCGCCUUUGUGCCAAAGCAGGUCGGGCCUUCUAUACAGCCAAUUUUUUCACGUGUACUCGUGAUGGGACUUUCCUAUAAUUUCCUAACCAAUCUUACUUUCAUGCGUUGUUUUCCUUCUCUACGCAUUUUAGAUAUUACAGGGAACCGUUUGGCCUCCCUUGACGAUGUUGUGGCGUCUUUGCAAGAGCAUCAGGUUCUGGUGGACAUCUGCCUCGCAGAAAACCCUGUCUCACUUUUAGAUGGAUACCGACAUUUUAUAGUGAAAGCAUGUCAAAGGCUAAAACACUUAGAUGGACAACGCAUACAUGCAGAGGAAAGAAUACGUGAAGCACCGUUGCCUCCAGAGGCAAUCCCCGUGGUCACUCAACCUUCUGUGAAGCAGCGAGCAUCACCCCAAAAAAUUAAACGUCUUUCCAACUUAUUCAACACCCCUUCUCCUUUGCACUCUUCGCUUUUGACUCACAACCAGUCUGAUAUUUCCCAUAACACGGUGUUUCUCUCGGCCCAAAUCGUCGCCCUUCGUCAGAUAUCUCCACUGUUCCACACACCCCUGACCACCACCUCUAUCGACGAGCUGCUUCCCACCCAUUCAGAUCUAUGGCAGCAGGUGGUCAACGCGGUGCCAUGUUUUGAUUCCAUCUCGACCUGUGACCCCUCUCAGAGGAACCGACCCACCCUCACGGAGCUCUGGGCUAUGCACAACUUGGUCCCCCAUCUUGGGGGCUCCAAACCAGUGCACCAUGGCAUACCGCUCUACACCCAUUCUUCCUCCCUUACCCUGAAGGGUGGCUGGGGGCCUAUUGUCGAUCCCCACAACAAUGCGGAUUACCUUGUGCCCAUUGUAUUGACCGAUAUUGCGCUGACAAAAGGGUUUCAAAUAAAUGGCACCACGCCUUUGAGCGCGGGUGCGGAGCGCUCUGGGGGUAAAUUGACCCCUUCGGGUAUGCAUGCGCAGCAAGCGCGCAAAAUAGAGGGCCAUGCGAUGAUAAGUGGUGGAGCAGCGACCAGAGGUAAAAGCCCUAUUCUGAUGUCAAACAGAGAAAGCGGAGAUGUGUACCGCCCCCCACUAGAUUGCUCCACCUUUACACAGGAUAUUCCAAUAAGCGAAGAAUUGUCGGAGUGUCUGGCAAGGGCGAUCAGACUCCGUGUAGAAGUCCACGAUACCGUUGAACUGUCGAUCAUAAAUAGUUUACGAACUCACAGUCGGGGAAGUAGACGAGAGAGUGUUAGUAAAAGCUCAAUGGAACUCCGUAGUGGUCGUCGUCAAAACCUACAUAGCUUCAAAAACUCGAUCACUCAUACACCACCUCUUGAGGCUACCACCGAGUACGCGAAAGAUAUGGUUGAGACGCAUGUAUAUCAGCUUGGGGAUAUCUUCUUGCAUCCCGGCCCCUUGCUAGCGCUACCUUCCACGUCAUUCUACUGCUCUCAAUUGGUACUGAAGGGUAGACUACUUCUAAGUGAGGCAGACAGGAAGGCUGAAUUCCGAUCCUUGCGGGAAGAUCAGGCCACGCUGCGCAAAGCCCUAGAAGCAUAUACUCGUGCAGCUGAAGCGGCAUCCGUCUUAUCGUCGGAAGCAUCCGAAUUGAUGGACAAGGACAACCUUAACCGGGCAGAAUUGUCGGUCCACAGUCCUCAUUCUUUCUUAUUACACCCUUCCAUUAAUCGUCAAAGUCACAACAAUAGGAGUGGCUCAUCGGGCUAUGCACACCAUUCUGGGAUAACACCAUAUUUACAGCGUGUUUUACUAUGUGGCGCUCGAGUCGUAGCUCGGAUAACUCGCCUACAGGAGCUGUACAAGGCGGCUGAUAAUUUGGAGGUGGAGGUGAAGUUGUGUCUCGGACGUGGCCCCGUUGACCCAUCUCUGCAGGAGGUCGCACCACGCAAAGGUAAAGGUACCAAUAAGCAUAAUGCCCGCACAAAAUGA